AUGGCGGAUAUUUAUUGUCCUGCUCAAACAACUGCUAUAUUAGGAUAUCCUACCGAUCAAUAUUAUAGAAAAUAUCCAUCAACAAAGACUCGACUACCAGUUUUAGUUUUACACGGUGAUAUGGAACAAGUACUGCCUGUACCAUUAUCGAGACAUUUCUACAAACAAUAUUCAGUUUUAAAUCCUGAUGUGAUAUAUGUUGAAUUGCCACGAACAGGCCAUACUGCUACGUAUUCAUCACCAAUACCAAAUCAAGAAGAGAGUUGUGGAUGUCAAAUAGCUAUUUCAUUUAUGCUAUCACCAACAUUCCAACCCGACACGUCAUGCUUGAAAAAAAAUUAG